UGUCCUCCUCCUUCCCCCGGGGGAACAGAGCUGCCAAGCACCAGACACCCUGCCCACCAGUCUGCCACAGGUGGGAGAAGCAUGCUGCCCAUGGGGCUGUGUUGGUCACCACUGACUCUGCUGUGCCUGCUAGGGAUACUGGUUUCUUCCUGUCAUGGAGGACCAGAGCAGACUCCCUCAGGGUCCCCCAGGGACAUGACUGGCCCCCAAUGUCAGGUGUACCUGGAGGUCAAGCUCAGUGGCACCAAGAGCACUUUGUGUCUGGACACCCAGAAUCAGCAGGCUCUGCCCGAGCUGUACAGCAAGCUGGGCCUCAGUGCUGGGAAGGCUGGCCAUAUCCCUGACCAGAUGCUCGCCGAAAAGAUGGCCUGCUCCUUCCAGAAUCGUUUCUCCCCCCGUGUGGGCACAAAUGUCUCCAAUCCAGAGCUGCAUGUGAUCUGUCAAGAACCACCUCCCAAGGCCCCUCCAACCACCCAACGACCCCCUGUGACCACAGCCGAACCCACGGGCCCUUUAAGGUUUCGCCUGGUGGAGGGGAAGGAGCAACUCCGCUGUGCGGGUGUGGUUGAGUUUUACAAAGGAAGCGCUGGGGGGAGCAUCUGUUACAACCCCAGCAACUGGACCAAGUCCCUGGGAGAUAAGAUCUGCGAGACCCUGAACUGCGGCGCCUUCCUGGACCAUCUGGACACAGCAGCAGAGAAGACAAACCCAGGGAACCUGAAGGAACUAAAGCCCUUGGAGAUCCUCUGGGAGGUCAGGAAUCCCAAGAAUGGCUUCCUGGGCGAGGUCUUCCAGAAGCAGAGGGGCUGUGCACAAAACCGAACCCUUUCCAUCAUCUGCUCUGAUUUCCAGCCAAAGGUGAAAAGCCGACUGAGGGGUGGAAGCAGCCCCUGCAAGGGCAGGGUGGAAGUGUACUUUGAGGGUCAGUGGAAAGGCCUGUGUGGAACCAAGAGGAACUGGGAAGAGGUGUGCCACGCGCAGCACUGUGGGAGCCUGGUCUCCCAGGUGGACAUGUCGGCAACAGACAGAAUGCUCUUCUGCAAACGCGAGAACCUCUCCCAUUGCUACACGUUCAGUCAAGGACACCCAUCCUGCAAAGGCGUGAUGAUUGAGUGCCAGGACCCAAAUGCAUCUGGGCCUGGGGCAGGCACUGUGAUGAGCAUCAUUCUGACCUUGAUCCUCCUGGCAAUCCUGCUUGUGGUAUGUGGGCCUGUGGUCUACAAGAAACUAGAGAAGAAAUUCCGUCAGAAGAAGCAGCGCCAGUGGAUUGGUCCAACGGGAGUGAACCAGAAUGUGUCUUUCCAUCGCAACCACACCGUGACUGUCCGGUCCCAAGCGGAGAACCCCAGGGCCUCAAAUGUGGAGAAUGAAUACAGCCAGCCUCCCAGGCAUUCCCGCCUCUCGGCUUAUCCAGCUCUGGAAGGAGCCCUGAAUCGGUCUUCCAACCCGCCAGAUAACUCCUCUGACAGCGACUAUGACCUGCACGGGGCCCAGAGGCUGUGACAGGCUGACCUGUGAAUAAGCCGUGUCUCUAGGCACAAGACGUCUUCCUGAGAACCUUCUGAAGUCCUAACUCAUGAUUUCCCGAUUCUACUUCCAGCUGUGAAGGGGCAGAAGUAAAGUCACCACUACCAUGUCUCAUUGCCCUCCUUCCCCUGCAGGAGUGGCUCCAUCCCUGCCUCCCCCCAACCCAGGGAACGCCUCCCCAACCCCCCCUCCCCCAGUCCUUC